CCAUGGAGCUGCUGAAGCUGAACCGGAGCAUGCCAGGACCGGGACCCGGGCCAGGGGCAGCCCUCUGCCGCCCCGGCGUCGCCCUCCUCAACGGCAGUGACACCGGCAACCUCAGCUGCGAGCCGCCUGCCGCCCGAGGAAACGGGACACGAGAAUUGGAGCUUGCCAUUAGGGUCACCCUUUACGCAGUGAUCUUUCUGAUGAGCGUUGGAGGAAAUGUGCUCAUCAUUGUGGUCCUGGGACUGAGCCGCCGCUUGAGGACCGUCACCAACACCUUCCUGCUGUCACUGGCCGUCAGCGACCUCCUACUGGCUGUGGCCUGCAUGCCCUUCACCCUCCUGCCCAAUCUCAUGGGCACAUUCAUCUUUGGCACAGUCGUCUGCAAGGCGGUUGCCUACCUCAUGGGGGUGUCAGUAAGUGUGUCCACGCUAAGCCUGGUGGCCAUCGCCUUGGAGAGGUACAGCGCCAUCUGCCGACCACUGCAGGCCCGCGUGUGGCAGACACGCUCCCACGCUGCUCGUGUGAUCAUAGCCACGUGGAUGCUGUCGGGGCUGCUCAUGGUGCCCUACCCCAUAUACACCGUCGUGCAGCCAGUGGGGCCCCGAGUGCUGCAGUGCGUGCAUCGCUGGCCCAGUGCGAGGGUUCGCCAAACCUGGUCGGUACUGCUGCUCCUGCUUCUGUUCUUCAUCCCGGGUGUGGUAAUGGCCGUGGCCUACGGGCUCAUUUCCCGCGAACUCUACUUAGGCCUUCGCUUUGAUGGCGACAGUGACAGCGAGAGCCAGAGCCGAGCCCGAAGCCCAGGAGGGUUGCCAGCUGGGGCGGGACCAGGUGUUGCCCUGCAGAACGGGCGUUGCCGGCUGGAGACCCGGCUGGCGGGCGGUUUGUUUUUCAACUGAUUAAUGUUGUCCUGGUCAAGUUGACACAUAAAAUUAACUAUCACAUUUUCGAAGUCCUGCCACCGGCCGACCCAGGCCAAGCUGCUGGCCAAGAAGCGCGUGGUGCGGAUGCUGCUGGUGAUCGUCGUGCUCUUCUUCCUGUGCUGGCUGCCGGUGUACAGCGCCAACACGUGGAAGGCCUUCGACGGCCCCGGAGCGCGCCGAGCACUGUCGGGCGCGCCCAUCUCUUUCAUCCACUUGCUGAGCUACGUCUCGGCGUGUGUCAAUCCCCUGGUCUACUGCUUCAUGCACCGUCGCUUUCGCCAGGCCUGUCUCGACACGUGUGCCCGAUGCUGCCCGCGGCCCCCGCGAGCUCGCCCCCGGCCUCUUCCAGACGAGGACCCUCCCACCCCCUCCAUCGCUUCCCUGUCCAGGCUGAGCUACACCACCGUCAGCACGCUGGGGCCUGGCUGAGGGGUGAGGGGCGAGUCGGGGCUAAGGCAGAACAGGCCGAUCUUUCAAGCACUGGCCCCAUUCAGACACACAAGAGACACUGACGCCCCCUACCCCCUCCCCCGCAAAAGACUGACACCCAACAGCAUGGACUUACCCCCAAAACACAGGAAAAGGUGGCUUAUUGGCACAAAGUAAACAAAGCAGACCCACACACAGAAAACGAGGCACACUCGCUGUGGCACAGAAACAGGGCACUGACCUUGGACAGACUAUCCCUCCGCAGCAGGACCUCUAUGACCGGGAAGACCGGCCUCACACACACACAGCGUAAUGGCACUGACUCAUUUAGGAUCUGGAGCCCGGCACUGGGCUGACUCCUGAGAUGCUCCAGGCUGCCCCCACUUUGGCCUCGCAGUGCCCUUCCCCAAGCAGCACUGGGUACACCAACCUCAUCUCACAGCUCCCUGACUAACAGGCUGUUUUGCACUGAGAAGUCCCUUCAUUCCUUUCCAAUUAAAUACUAUGUCCCUGCCCCCGCCGACCUCUUCAAUAAAUAAUAAAUGCCUUGGCUUCCUCCUAAA